AGAUAACCGCUCCAUCGGUGAAUCGAUUAUCAUUUAAUAUUUAUUAACGUUUGCCAUUUUCCCACCGUUCGCAUAUUUUGAACUUUGAAAUAAAACACAGUAAAAUUUGCACAAGCUAAACCUCGUUCAAACAUCAAUUCAAAUAUUUAUAAUAAUAAUAAUAAUAAUGACUAAGCUUAAGUUUUACUAUGAUUUGCUUUCCCAACCGAGCAGAGCUCUUUUUAUGUUUUUGAAGAAGAAUAACAUUCCUUUUGAGCCAAAGCCAAUACAUUUAUUAAAAGGAGAACACUUUUCGCCAGAGUUUGAAAGUAUUAAUCCAUUUCAAAAAUUACCGGUUAUCGAUGAUGGAGGAUUUAUUCUUAUAGAAAGUGUUGCUAUUCUUCGUUAUUUAUGUCGUACUCACAAUGUAGCCAAUCAUUGGUACCCCAAAGACUUAAAGCAACAAGCUCGAGUCGACGAGUAUCUUGAAUGGCAGCAUUUAAACACUAGAGCUCACUGUGCUUUAUAUGUUUUUCAGAAAAUAUUUGUACCUAUAAUAACUCAAAAGCCGCCCAAUGAAACCGAGUUAACUAAAUUGGAGAAAAAUGUAACUACAACACUCAAUUUGUUAAAUAAUGUUUGGCUUAAAGAUAAACAAUAUCUAUGUGGCAAUGAAAUAUCAAUAGCUGAUAUUCUAGCUAUAUGUGAAAUUGAGCAAACAAGGAUAGCCGGUGUGGAUCCAUAUUUUGAACGUCCAAUUUUAUCCAGCUGGAAGGCUAGAGUUGAAACAUUUUUAAAUCCAUUUUAUGACGAGGCUAACAUGGCUAUCGAAAAAAUGGCAGACAAAUAUAAAAAUACAAAGAAUAUAAAAUCAAAUCUGUAACAAUUGUUUAAUAUUUAUACGAUAUUUUUUUGAAAAUUUAAUAUUCCAUGUGGUUGAGGUUUACUAUAAAAUAUAUUUUCUUAAA